CGGCCGGGCGAUCCCGCCUCCUCUGACUUGCGGCGGGACGUCCUCUACCUCCGUCCGGCGUGCUGACGCCGCACUGCCACGCAUGCUGACGCUGCCGUGCAGCCGGGUGAAUGGAGCCGUUCGCCGUCGUUGCUCUGUCCCUCUUCCUCGGGGCGCUCAUUUUGCUGAUCGCGGCGGUGGUGAGCGGGUCGCGGAAGAGCCUACCGCCGGAGGGCGGCAGUGGUGAAGAAGACAGUAAAGUCAGUAAUGGUGUGAGUGAGAAAAAUGUGGCAUCAAAGAAACAAAAGUUACUACGUUCACGCAAAGAAAAGUUGCAGCAGCAUGUGUUUACCCACCCAUUGCUGGCCACUUCACUGAAGGGCCACAGCGCAAAUAUCAGCUGCCUGGAUUUUAGUAGCAAUGGGAAAUAUCUAGCCUCCUGUGCUGAUGACCGUACAGUUCGAAUUUGGAGUACAAAAGAUUUUCUUGAGCGUGAUCAUCGUUGUAUGCGAGCUAACAUUGAACUUGAUCAUGCUACACAUGUCUGUUUCAGCCCUGACUCCAGAGCCUUCAUCACAUGGCUAGCAAAUGAAGAAACAAUCCGAGUUUUUAAAAUGAUAAAAAAGGAUGAUGGUUCGUUCACAUUCACUGCUGCACCUGAAGACUUCCCAAAGAGGCACAAAGCUCCUAUUGUGAACAUUAGAAUUGCAGAAACAGGAAAGUUCAUUAUGUCUGCCUCCAAUGAUACUACCAUCCUAAUCUGGGAUCUGAAAGGAGAGGUUCUUGCUACAAUUAACACUAAUCAGAUGAACAAUGCUUUUGCUACUGUGUCUCCAUGUGGAAGAUUUGUGGCCUCAUGUGGUUUCACACCAGAUGUGAAGGUUUGGGAAGUAUGUUUUACCAAAUCGGGAGAGUUCCGAGAAGUGGCAAGAGCCUUUGAUCUCAAGGGGCAUUCAGCUGGGAUUUACUCAUUUGCUUUCUCCAAUGACUCCAGAAGAAUGGCAACAAUUUCUAAAGAUGGCACCUGGAAGCUGUGGGACACCGAUGUUCAGUACAAGCAGCAACAGGACCCGUACUUGUUGUUAACUAUGAAGUGUGAUAUUUCUGAUUCCUGCCGAAUCGCUCUUUCUCCGGAUGCCAGGGUGGUAGCUAUCUCCAAUGGCUUCAAUAUCACAAUGCACAACGCCAAGACGGGCAGGCAGGAGGAAGAAUUUCUCAAUGUGCACGGGGAGGAGAUUGCUGACCUGGCUUUUGAUAUUAACAGUAGGUUUUUGGUUUCCUGUGGUGAUCGUGCCAUCCGGGUCUUCCACAAUGUGGUGGGUUACCAUGCAGUUAUUGAAGAAAUGGAAGGCAGACUAAAGAAAGCAACAACAGACGCAAUGCGGGAGAGGUUGCAGCAGCAGAUCGAUGAUGCAAAGAGUGCGUUAGAUGCAGUUUGUACAAAGAAACAAUAACACUACAGCAAACUGGGUUGCCUUCCAUUUCCUGAGAGUCUGGGUCGCUGUAGGCUCAAUUGAAUGUUUGUGACUUCACUAAGGUAUUUCGUACACAACAUGGGUACAGUAUCCCUUGCCAUUAGAUUCUAGCUAUCAGUAAAAGAACUUCUGGAGAACCACUGGAAUUGAUGCCCAGGACUUAAUUUUAACCUGUUUUGGCUGGAGCAGAAUAUCUAUAAAUGAGAAUAUAUAAAUUUUCAAACUUUGUAUUUGGUCUUUUAUUGUUACACUGCAACAACUGUUAGCAUUGUGUAUUGGUGGUGUAUUGAGCUUAGAAAAUGGGAAUCCUCUGAGGGCUUUUGAAUAGUUGGUUAUAGAUUUUAAUUUUGUAUUGGAGUGAUCAGGGUUCAAAGUGUAGAAUUGUGCAGAAACCAUCAGCAUUUUUUCAUAAAUCAAAAUGCUGCAGAUGUGUAAAUUCAAAAUAUAAAGAGAAAAGACUCAGCUGCUCAGGGUCAUUGAGAACUUAACUAGCCUGAUCAGUAGAGUAUUUAAGUUUGGACCUGUACUACCCAGAAAUGUAUCUCUGAUUUUUACUGAUAAAGGUGCUAUAUAGUACCUUUUCUAUAGUAGCAAAACAGUAUAAUAGCAGCAGAGUAUUUCACUCUGCUUCUGAAAUUUUGUUCAUUUUGUUCGGGUUUAUGUUACCUUUCAUGAUCCUGAUGUCAGAUUCAUCAUGUUUGUGGUUUGAAUUGUUGGAGUCCAUUAACUUCAGUUAUUAAAAAUAUUAAUAAGCAAGAAGCAGCAACUUUUGGUCUCUGAGUGCAACUAAAUCAAAGUAACAAAGUCAUGGGCUUAUCUGACUUGUUUGUGAUAAAGCGAAGCUUUUCAGUUACUUAGUUUGACUUUGGAAGGGUACAUGUGUGGGACCCUGCUGCAUGGAUGUAGUGAUAAAGGAUGGUCACGUCUUCACUUUUAAGGAAAUAAUAGAUUUCAAAGUUCAUGCUGGUGUGUUAUUUAAACAUGCACAGCAGUUACAGCAAGCUGCCUUUACAAUCUGCCAGGGAAUGGGUUUAGCACCAGAGGUGAUCCCUUGGGCUCAUUGCCUUUGUUAGUUUUCUUUCGCUAAGAUUGCCAGGGGCUUGGUUGUGUACUGGAAAUUCACAAAGUGAAUAAAUUUGGUUAAGUCCUCACUCUCAUUCGUGUAAUCACUCAUACCUUAAGCUUUUCGCUGCAUUUUUAUCUGUGUUUCUAUUUUUUUUCUUCCACUAUUCUCAUUCCACUGACCUCCUACAAGCAAAUGGGAUUGGUUAAUAGUCAAUACACGUGUUGUAAACUACAUGCGACACCACGAGAGAAAAAUUGAAUCCUGCGUGUUGCCUUUUAUUGCUGGUUUGAAGUUUCAACAAUGAAAAAAUAAUUUCCAAGUGGGCUUGAGGUUUUGUUUUUUUUAGUUUGUUAAAACUAUGUUAAAACUAGGGAAAAAAAAUUAAGCCCUAUUUUGCACCAUUGAAGUAUUUUGAAGUGUGAUCGUUAGCAAACAAUUUGUACACAGUAAGCUCCCAGAAACAGUGAUGUGAUAAUGACAAGAUUAUCUGUUUUUAGUAAUGUAAAUUAAAGGAUAAAAAUUGGCUGGGGUACCAGGGAUGACAAUUGGUCUUCAGAGAAUGUUAUGGGGUCUUUUACAUUCACAUGAGGAAUUGGAUAGAAGUUCAGUUUUAAUGACUUGUCUGAAAGAUUACGCCUCUGUUAAUACAGCACUUCCUCGCUUUUGCAUUAUAUUUUUGUGUUAAGUCUCUGGAGGGGGACUUGAAUACACAACUUUCUUCCUUAAAGUUGAGAAUACCAACUAAGUCACAUCUCACAUGCACAUACAAUUUGAUAAUUUGUAUAUCUUCAUCACUUUUCUAUAUAGUUUAUCCCUGUACAUUUGUGAUCAGCUUUAUAGCGGCCUUCACCUUUUGCAAUGCCUUUUAAUGUUUGGUCCUUUGCUGACCAGAAUUGGUGCUCAAAAUUUGACUAUAUUUGGUACAACGUAAAGCUUCCUUUUAAUUUUGAUGCUCUUGUAUGAUAAGUUGUAAUUGAGUCAGGAUUUAUUAUACCGGGGCAGUGUUUGUGAUCAUGUUUCUUCCUACAACAUUCAUCAUUAUUUGGGAUAAUAGCAGAUGGAAAUGCAAAUCAUUUCACAUUGCCUUAAAUAACAAAGCUAUUUCCUAGUGACAGCUGUGAUCAACUGUGUUUUAGUUAAUGAGCAUAUGAUGCCUCCAUCUUCAGCCUUCUGCUAGGCCAGAGUCUGAGCAGCAUGGUUUGCAGUAGGGGCCAGAAGUCCUAGUGGCAGCCUGAUUUGUCAAAACAAAAGUUGGUCUUCUGGCCAGCAGACUGAUUGGAUUGCAGCGUAUUUGUCUUUGCAUUACAGCCAGUUCUAUCUAGAUCUGCAGUAGCAAUACACAAAUGCAUUGGCCUGCUAUCAAGAACAGAAAAGGUUUUGGGUUUGAUCCCACACAUGGCCCAUGUGUUAGUCCAGCAGUGCCUCCAGCCCCGUCCACAGGAUAGACCAGGCUGGAGGCUUCCAUUCUGUGGCCCUUGUGCGAGGUGAAGCAGUCUGUGAGUCACAACCAGGCCUUGGGCAGCAGAACCUGAGGCUCUGAAUGCAGCACUGCCCUGAUGGGUUCUGGCAGCUAGCUGCUGCCAGGCAUUUUAAUUAUUUUUAAAUGUUACAGAUGUUCAGAGAAAUUUUAAGAACUGUGUAAGUGGAUUUAAGUAACUUAAAGAAAAUUAAAAUAAUUGAACUUUGUUUUAAUUCACAGUUUAAUGUAUUUUAACUAUGUUGAAAUAAAGAUAAACAAAACUUAACCUGAA